AUGCCAACAUACAAACCGAAAAACAUCCUCAUCACCGGCGCCGCGGGCUUCAUCGGGUCCCACGUCUCCAACUACCUCACAUCCAAACACCCCGACUACUGCAUCCUCGUCCUCGACAAGCUCGACUACUGCUCCAACCUCCGCAACCUCGACCCUUCCCUUUCCCUCCCAAACUUCAAAUUCGUCAAGGGCGACCUCUGCAGCGCCGACCUCAUCAACCACAUCCUCGCCGCCGAAUCCAUCGACACCGUCCUCCACUUCGCCGCCCAAACCCACGUCGACAACUCCUUCGGCAACAGCUUCGAGUUCGUCCGCAACAACGUCUAUGCCACCUGCGUCCUCCUCGAGGCCUGCAAGGCCUCGACCCGCGUCUCGCGGUUCGUCCACGUCAGCACCGACGAGGUUUACGGUGAGACGAACGAGGCCCACGAGGCCUCUCGACUCCUCCCGACGAACCCUUACUCUGCAUCCAAAGCCGGAGCCGAAAUGCUUGUCAUGGCCUAUGGCCGCUCGUAUGAUCUUCCCGUUAUCAUCACGCGUGGGAACAACGUUUACGGGCCCCACCAAUUCCCCGAGAAGCUCGUCCCGAAAUUCAUUCUACUGGCGAUGGCGGGCCGGGCUUUACCGGUGCACGGUGACGGGUCAAACGUGCGGAGCUACUUGUAUUGCGAUGACGUGGCGGAGGCUUUCGACACGAUAGUCCAUAGAGGGGAGGUGGGAGAGGUGUACAAUAUAGGGACGAGCGAGGAGAAGAGCGUGGCUGACGUGGCGAGGGAUGUGUGCCGGAUGUUUGGUUUGGAGGGAUGCUCGGGAGCGGUGGAGUUUGUGGAGAACAGGCCGUUUAAUGACCAGAGGUAUUUUUUGGACUCAAGGAAGCUUAAGGAUUUGGGGUGGGUGGAGAAGACGAGGUGGGAGGAUGGGUUGAGGAGGACUAUGGAGUGGUACAUGAGGAAUCCUGACUGGUGGGGGGAUGUUUCGGCAGCGUUGGUUGCACACCCGAGGAUGCUUUCUUUUAAUCGUGUUACGGUUCGUGGGGAAAAUUAUGACGAGCAGGGGCAAAAGGGGAAAGUGGACGAGCGCAAAAGAAGCCGGCUUUGA